AGAAUUGUAGAACUGUAAAUUUCCUCAUGUAUCUACAUUCACACAGACAUACGCACUCACACAGAAACACACAUUUCCCAUGAACCAGGCCUUAACUGGGCUUGAUCCUCUACAAACAGCGAAGAAAGCACUAACCUCCACUUAAUUCUGAACAGACACUUCCAUAAGGUCAUUCACACACUGUCCUGUAAUGUUUGCAUUCCAGCUAAAUAGAAUGAAACCAGUGAGCAACACACACACACACACACACGCACGCACGCUCACAAACGCACGCACGCACGCACGCACACACACACACACACCUUGUCUUCCUACAGUUUCUGCUCUUUCUUAUCAGUUUGGCUGCUUCUCACUAAAAUGUCCAGAAAAACAAUAAAGUUUUAUGCUAACUUGUGAAUUGUCACCUGUAAUGCUGUAAUAAACUUUUAUGCUGGAGAUGUGAUUAUCAUAGAGCAUAUAAACAUUUUGGAAACGCAGCCCUGACACUGAGCACUUUUUCCUCAAACAUUCCUAGUUCCUACAGCACACAAACUAUUUUUAUUCCUCCAGUGCAGCCAACGUUUAGCUACUAGAUUUCCACUUCGUAACAAUGACCUGUCCUGUCCUGUCUGUCCUGUCAACAUCCUCCCUCACUGAAAGCUGGGAGUUACCGAUAUCAGUUGGAACAAUGGUCAAGGAUAAGGCAGGCAUCCAAUGGUUGUGUGAAGCAGGCACUUCAUCAUAAUUGCUGUUAAUGAUUACAGUCAUGAUAACCAGCAGAGGUGGCAUUUAUUGAUGGCAACUCUGUCUGAGGUCCCAGUUGAUCUCCAAGUGCUGGAGCAAGAGGAGGAGAACGUGGAAGCUUUGGAUUUGAAACAGACUAGACGCUGUCAGGUAUGUGUGCUGCAGUACAUCAAAUGUAGACGGGGAAAAGAAUUUUGAUAUUUUUGGGGCAUUUUACCGUUAUUAAACAGGAAAUGGAGAUGGACAGAGAAUAUGGGGAGACAGCAGGGGGAUGACAUGCAGUAGGGCUCUGUCUGUUUGGAAAGGGAGCUCAGAGCAUUUACACCCAUGUGACCUGUCCUAACCACUUGGCUAGUAGAGAACUCCAAAUUUUGUGUCUAAAAUCAUCAUCAUAAGAAGAAACUCCCAUGGUUCUUAAAUAUUUGGGCUCCAGUUGAAGAGUGCUAAUAUUUUCUUAAGUGAUCUAGAUCUUGAAAAGCAACACUGAUCUUGUUGAAGUCAGGGAGCUGAGACAUUUCAGCGCUAAAAUUCAGAACACUCCUCUCUGGUGUUAAUCUGUUUCUUGAGUUCUAAUAGAGCUUGACAAACCCUGACCUGGAUCAUGGGCUCUGUCUGUAUUUAGGGGUCUGGACCUUUGUUGUGUACUCUUUUUGUUCUGUGAUAACUGAUGUUCAAAAGCAAGACAGGAACCUCUUGCUAAGCUAAUGUGAUUAAUAGAUCUCAGAACUACAUAGAGAGGAAGCAGAGGACCUCCAGGCAUCAGAGGCGACAUGAAGCGACCGGCAGCAAGGCAGUAUGUGGUGAGCAGACCACUGUACUCAGAGGAGGCCUUUGCUGAAGAGCACGAGAAGCUCUACAGACAACGCAAAACCAUCCUGGACCACGUCAAACAGUAUUUCACAUGUGAUGCCAAACGAGCCAAGAACGCAGCUCUGUCCCUUCUGCCAAUCAUUGGCUGGAUGAAAGUCUACCAAAUCAAAGAGUGGCUGCUCAGUGACAUCGUGUCUGGCAUCAGCACUGGACUGGUGGCUGUCCUGCAAGGUCUGGCUUACGGUUUGCUGGCCUCUCUUCCGGUCCGGUAUGGACUCUUCUCUGCCUUCUUUCCGGUUAUCAUCUAUUUUUUCUUCGGCACCUCCAGGCACAUCUCAGUGGGUCCAUUUCCAGUCUUAUCUCUGAUGAUCGGCUCGGCAGUCACCAGGCUUGUCCCAGACGACGGGCCGGCCAUGAACAUCACAGGAUUUGAAGGUCUGACAAUGGACGAGCAGAGAGUGUUGGUGGCCUCCUCUGUGACCUUUCUGGCCGGUAUCAUCCAGCUGGCGAUGGGUGUUCUACAGAUGGGCUUUGUCGUCAUGUACCUGUCUGACACUCUGGUGUCCGGCUUCACCACUGCAGCUGCCAUCCACAUCCUGGUGUCCCAGCUCAAGUUUGUGUUCGGGCUGGAAGUCCCAGGAAUCAGUGGGCCGCUGUCCAUCAUAUAUACCCUGGAGAUCAUCUUUAACAAGAUCUCUUCCACCAAUGUCUGUGAUGUGGUAAUCUCCCUGGUGAUCAUGGUGGUGGUGUUCAUCGUCAAGGAGCUUAAUGACAGAUAUAAAUCCAAGCUGCCUGUGCCAAUCCCGAUAGAGGUUAUCAUGACUGUGAUAGCAUGUGGAGUUUCAUAUGGAUUUGACUUCAGAACAAGAUAUGGCAUUGGCACUGUUGGCGAUAUUCCAGAAGGGUAUGAAACUCCGAUAGCCCCAAACCUGCACAUCAUCCAGCUGACAGCAGGGGACGCGGUUCCUUUGGCUAUAGUGGGUUUUGCUGUGGCUUUCUCUGUGGCAAAAGUCUACUCUGUAAAACAUGAUUACGCCAUAGAUGGAAAUCAGGAGCUGAUAGCCUUUGGAGUCAGCAACAUCUUUGGAGCUUCCUUUAGGUCUUUUGCAGCGAGUACAGCUCUUUCCAGGAGUGCAGUGCAGGAGAGCACAGGGGGUAAAACUCAGGUGGCUGGUUUACUUUCAGCUAUCAUAGUAAUGAUCGUCACUUUGUCUGUUGGAUUCCUACUGGAUCCACUACCAUUGUCUGUACUGGGUGCCGUGGUCAUUGUCAACUUGAAGGGCAUGCUGAUGCAGUUCAGAGAGGUGCCUUACCUGUGGAGGAGAGACAAACAUGACUGUAUGGUGUGGCUGGGUACCUGUAUUUUAGCCAUCUUUUUGGGGCUGGAUCUUGGAUUGGCAGCAGGUCUUGGUGUGGAGCUGAUCAGUGUUGUUCUGAGGACUCAGUUCCCUCGCUGCAGUGUGCUGGUCAACAUCAAGGGAACAGACAUCUACAAAGACAGAAAGGACUACACCGAUAUAUAUGAGCCAGCAGGAGUGAAGAUCUUCAGGAUCCCAUCACCUCUCUUUUUCGCCAACAUUGAGUUCUUCAGGACCAAGCUGGUGGAAGCUCUCGGAUUUAACCCACUGAGAGUGUUGAGGAAGAGGAAUAAAGCAGUGAGGGUGAUUCGGAAACUUCUGAAGAAAGGGGAAUUGCAGUGGACAUCGACAGGCUUCCUGAAUACUUCAUGUAAACCAAUCAAAGACUCAGAGGAUGAGGGCAACAUGGAGGAGCUGGACCUGCCGACUGACUUCAAGGACCUUCCUGUCAGGAUCGACUGGGACGCAGAGCUUCCCGGCAACUUGAGUGUUCCCCCAGUGGAGAUCCACAGCCUGAUCCUGGACUUUGCUGCCGUCUCCUUCCUGGAUAUCUCGGCUCUGACAGGACUCAAAACAUUGCUGAGAGAACUGGUCCGGGUUGAAGUCGAGGUCUAUAUUGUGGCUUGUGAUCCUUACAUCCUGGAGAAACUCCAUGACUGUUCCUUCUUUGAUGAUGAAGUUCAACCAUCCAUGUUUUUCCUGACACUCCAUGAUGCCAUGCUGCACAUCCUGGAGAAACAUCCAGAAUCUACUGAAAAGAAAUCAGAUCAUGACAUGAUAAUAACAACAGUCACAGUCCAUCACCCCAGUGUCAAUUUGAGGAGCAGAGAUAAAAAUGCUCCAGAACCAGAAACCAAGUUCUAACUUCAGAAUGAGAAGAUGAUUACCUCUGGGAGAAAACUCAGAAGAUACCAAAGACUGAAAUGAGAAAAUAUUUGACAGAUAAUGCUGUUUAGUAACUUAUAAUGAAUUAUGAGACAUUGUUUUUAAUUUAGAUUUACAUGUAACAUAUCAAUAAUAAUAACAGCAUAUAUUGAAAUGUAAGAAAGGCUUCAUGCUGUUGUUUUUAUAAUGUACAUAGUGAAUUUGCAGAAAAUUUUGGUGCGAUAUAUUUGACAUGUUGUAUAGUUAUAUUUUCAUGAUUAUGGAGCUAAAUAAACCUUUUUCCACAGUG